AAACUUAUCUAGUAACUUGUACCCACUUUUACCUAUACUACAUAUACCAAAAAUUUUCGAAAUUUCAAAAAUUUAUUUUUUGAAAAUGAACUCUGCAAUUUUCCUCGCAUUAUUCUUUUGCAUUACUCUCUCCGCCGGGGAGGUUGUCCAACACUCGUCAUGUGGUGGGCUUGGUCAAUUCAAUCAGGUGAGAAUUGUUGAGGGUUCAGCCGGAAGUCUUACCGCGGGACGACAGUACACCAUCGAAGCCGACUUUACCACACAUCACGCCGCAUCCGGUCUUGAAGUCAACGUCGUCGUGAAGGAUUCCAACGGAAAAGUGGCCACCAUUUUCGACGAGGAGUUGCCCAACUCUGCCGUCGUACCGGAAAUCCCCUACACCGUGAGGUUCUACUACACCCCAGCGGCUCACCUGGCUGGGACAAAUGUGGCGAUUAAGAUCCAGGUUGAACACGUCCAUACGGCGGAGGAAUGGGAAGAUCAUGAAGAGCAUGAUGAGGAUUGUGCCAUCGUUAACGUGAAAAUUGUUUGAAAAUUUUAACGUGAAAGUUUUGUAAACGUGGCGUUAUAGUGAAAAUGUUUAGUCGAAAUUUUAUUUAGAAAUAUAUAUUUGAAAUGAAUAAAUAUCUAUAGCAUCAUA